GCCCGCUCCCGGCGCCACCGCCCCCCGCCCGCCUCCCGAGAAGCUCGGGCACGGCCCCGCCGCCACCGCCCGCCGGGAGACGCGUCCCGCGCCCGGCGCCCCCCGCGCCGCGCCAGAUCCCCUCUUGCAGUGUAGGGGGUAUCCUGCAAAUCCCCCCGGAGCGCAUCCCUGCCGGCACCCUGCGAUGGCCCUGGGACCUGCUGCCUUCCCGCAGCCAGCCAGAGAGGAGAAGCCAGCGGGGACGGCCGGGAAGGGGAACUAACCCCCCAUCCAUGGCAGGGGGCAACCGGCCGGGGCUACCGGAGAGCAGCCCAGCACCCGGGGCCUGCAGCCGUCCCUCCUGCCCCCGCCACGUACAGCGCUGCCUAGGAGGCUCCCGAUGAGCCCCGGCCAUGUAGGCGCAGCCCAGGGCUCCGCCGAUGGCCACUGUCGACAUGCAGCAGGGCUACGCGUCCGUCCUGUGGAUCCUGGCUGUGCUGGGAAUGGAGGCCACUGCUCUGGGCGAAUGUGAGCUCACCCACCUGCUCCAGGACAAGCUGCAGUAUGAGAUGCGCCUGCAGUACAUGAAGUACUACUUCCCCAUCAACUACGUGGUCCAGGUCCAGUAUGAGGAGGUGCUGCGGCCAUCCAACAUCACCCGCUUGCGCAAUAGGACAGUGUCGGAGGUGGCACUGCGGUACCUCUGGUUCCAUGUGAGCUCCCAGGCUGUGCUGCGGAUCCACGAGGUGCUGCCAGAGAAGCACCCGUCCUGGAAGUACACACAGGAGCUCUGCCAGCUCUUUGAUGCCCUAGGCAAGGAGUACAGCAAGUACCGGCAGUCAGAUGUGGAAGCAGUGGUGGCCGACCUGGUGAAGCUGAUCCACAGUGCAGGCGUGGAGAGCCGGAAGAAAGCCGUGCGCCCCAAGGCACUGCUGGACAACUGCCUCAAGGUCAUGCGGAUGCUUUAUGGGGCACCCUGUCAGUGGGAGUCCACCUAAUGCUGCAGAAGACCCCUUGCUUGAUGCCUUCUCCUUGCCCUAGAGCUUGGGAUGCUGCUUCUGCUCUGCCUCCCCAGCAGAUCCUCAUUGGGUUCACGAAGAAGGAUAAAAGGGGGGAAAAACACCACCCCUUCCAGGACUGUGGGACUGUGCACACAGCCAUGGGGUUGACCCCAUCCAAAAUGCCAGGCACCUUCUGUAGGGGUGUGGACU